AUGGUAUUUUUUAAUUUAGAAACUUCAGGUCUUAAUGCAACGGCUGAUAUAUUGCAAAUUGCUGCAAAAUCGGGCAAUUACAUUUUUAAUGUUUACAUUGAACCAUUGCAAGAAAUAUGUACAAGCGCAACAAAAAUUACUGGAUUGCACAGCAUUGGUCCGAAAUUAUAUUAUCAUAAUAAGCUACUAGAGACAUGCACUCAAGAAAACGCAUUGCAAGCUUUUAAUUUAUUUUUAAAGAAACUUGCGACUCGCUGUCUGCUAGUGGCACAUAAUGCGUCUUUUGAUAUACCACGACUCCUCAGGCUUAUUUUAAAACACGAUAUGAUAGAGCCAUUCUAUGUAAUAUCUGGCUUUUCCGAUAGCCUUGCAGUUUUAAAAAAAGCAUUACCCGAUCGAAAAGGACCAGGUAAAUUCAAACUAUCAACGUUGUACAAUGAUUUUCUUACAACCGAUGAUGUCGACGAUAGCGACAAAAUGUUUCACAAUGCCGAGUUUGACGUUGUGGCAUUAGAAAAGCUUGUACUUCACUUUCAAGUUGAAGAGAAGCUUUUUUUGCAUGCAAAAACGCUUCAAGUAAAAUUAUUAUCUGAAAAAGUCGAUGGAAAAGCACGAGUGACUAAAAAUAAGAAAGUAUUGAAUAAAAUUAUUCAUCAUAUCGUUAGUCUUCUUUAG